CCAAACUUUUGUUUUCUUUGCCAUAGAGUGAACUCGACGUGACGUCGUUACAGCGCGCCAAACGGGUUUCGUCUCUCUUACAGAAGAGACUGAGAAGUACCUCUUUCUCUAACCGGGUUUUUAACGUUUCACGUUGAUAUCAGCAGUCUGUGUGUCACUCGCCGUCUGAUGAAAGGUUGUUAGGAUGCGAUAAGCGUAUUCUAGUGGAGAAAGUGUCCAAAAUAAACCUUUAUUUCGAGUGCGAAGACAGGACAACACGCCACGGCACUAGUAACGUUAGUUACUAGCAAUAACGGAUCUCUGGUUUUAUCGAAGGAUGUCCGGUCCCUCCUGUCCUCUCAUCUGAAGACCGUAGGAGAGAAGUCUAGUUUAGUGAUGAAACAGGACAUGUUGACCAGAGGGGGUAACACGGGUACACUCCUGCCAGGGAGGAGAGACUCUAUGGGGGUAUCGCUGCUAGGCAGCACCCCCUCUUCCUCCUCCACCACCCUCUCUUCCUCCUCCAACUCUUCAAUCUCCUCCCUCUCUUCUUCCAUCUCUUCAUCUUCCUCUGGGGAAGAAAGGAGAAAGGGAGGUGGUGAGGAGUUUAUUGGCAGAGAGGAGGAAGAGGGGGAGGUGGUCAGCAUUUCCAUAGUUACCAUAGCGGAGGAGUCCUGCUCCUCGGAACCGUUCGGAACUGUCGGCGGUCACGUCGAGGUAACAGCAAAUGAGAGCGCGGCUAGGGAAAGAGAUGGCCAAUCAAAAACCUCCCACAGUACCCAGACUGAAGAAGAGGGGGUGCGUAAUGGAGUGGAAGAGGAGGAAGGUAGAAAGGAGGAUGAUGAGAAGGAGCAGGGAGAUGAAGGUGAGGAGGAGGAGGCAGAGGAGACGGAUGAAGAGAGAAGGAACCAGGUGUUUGUCUCGGAUGAGAACCCUGAAACGCCUUCCGCACUCCUCAACAUCAAGGUAAGAACCCACCUCUCUCCCCUUCGAGCCUAAUUCAGAGUCCAGAGACACCAUAGUCCGGAAUCCCAUUGUGACAUACAGUGGCAAGAAAAAGUAUGUGAACCUUUUGGAAAAUACCUGGAUUUCUGCAUAAACUGGUCAUAAAAUUUGAUCUGAUCUUCAUCUAAGUCACAA